AUGUCGCUUUCUAAGAAACUUUCUGUCAAGGACUUGGACCUCGCCAACAAGCGUGUCUUCAUCCGUGUCGACUUCAACGUCCCACUCGACGGUACCACUAUCACUAACAACCAACGUAUUGUCGCUGCUUUGCCAACCAUCAAGUACGCUUUGGACCAAAAGCCAAAGGCUGUUAUCCUCGCCUCCCACCUUGGAAGACCAAACGGUGAGCGUGUUGAGAAGUACUCUUUGGCCCCAGUUGCUAAGGAGUUGCAAUCUCUUUUGCCAGAGUCCAAGGUUACCUUCUUGAACGACUGUGUCGGUGCUGAUGUCGAGAAGGCUGUCAACAACGCUGCUCCAGGUGAGGUGUUCUUGUUGGAGAACUUGCGUUUCCACAUCGAGGAGGAGGGCUCCAGAAAGGUCGACGGCAAGAAGGAGAAGGCUUCUGCCGAGGCUGUUGCUGAGUUCAGAAAGGGUUUGACCGCUUUGGCUGAUGUCUACGUCAACGACGCUUUCGGUACUGCCCACAGAGCCCACUCUUCCAUGGUCGGUGUCGAGUUGCCACAAAAGGCUGCCGGUUUCUUGAUGGCCAAGGAGUUGGAGUACUUCGCUAAGGCUUUGGAGAACCCAACCAGACCAUUCUUGGCUAUCUUGGGUGGUGCUAAGGUCUCUGACAAGAUUCAAUUGAUUGACAACUUGUUGGACAAGGUCGACAUCUUGAUUGUCGGUGGUGGUAUGGCUUUCACCUUCAAGAAGGUUUUGGACAACAUGCCAAUUGGUGACUCUCUUUUCGACGAGGCUGGUGCCAAGAACGUCGAGCACUUGGUUGCUAAGGCUAAGAAGAACGGUGUUGAGAUUGUCUUGCCAGUUGACUUCGUCACUGCUGACAAGUUCGACAAGGACGCUCAAACUGGUGUUGCCACCCAGGAGGAGGGUAUCCCAGAGAACUGGAUGGGUUUGGACGCUGGCCCCAAGUCCCGCGAGUUGUUCGCUGCUGCCGUUGCUAAGGCUAAGACCAUUGUCUGGAACGGUCCUCCAGGUGUUUUCGAGUUCGAGAAGUUCGCCGCUGGUACCAAGUCCUUGUUGGAUGCUGCUGUUGCUUCCGCCGAGGCUGGUAACACCGUCAUCAUUGGUGGUGGUGACACUGCCACUGUCGCUAAGAAGUUCGGUGUCGUUGAGAAGUUGUCUCACGUCUCCACUGGUGGUGGUGCCUCCUUGGAGUUGUUGGAGGGUAAGGAGUUGCCAGGUGUCACUGCUAUUUCUGAGAAGUAG